AUGGCAUUCAGUGACAAGGUUCCUCAUAAACAACAAAUCUUACGGUGGUUGAAUUGGCCUGGAAUGUUGGAGCCCAGGAGUGUUACACCACCACGACAGUAUCUCUAUGCACAAGAGGCGCAGGAAACUACCCAGGUCCUCCAGAGUUAUUGUCUAACAGAUCGCAACAUUCAUCCAAGGCACAUUCACUCAGCAAGCCAACGUGAUCCAAGAAUGAUCUCCAAGGCCCUUCCACAGGUGGACCAUUUCGUGCCUGUGCCUGAAACCAAAGAACAACUGGAGUUUGCCGAUCUUGAAAUUCUGGAUUUCUCUCAAUAUGAUGAAGGCAGUUUGCCCGCUAAGCAGGCCUUGGCGGAUCAGGUGCAAAAAGCAAUGACUACGCAUGGAUUUUUCGUGAUUGUGAAUCACGGAAUUAGCGAAGCAGACGUAACCCGCAUGGUGGAUAUUGGGCAUACAAUUCUUCGACGAACAUCAGCGCAAGAGAAGCAUCGACUUCAGGCUGACAUGCUAGGGAAGGGCUCAUAUCCUGGUUUUAAACCUCGUGGUCACUGGAAAUCAGGGGGGAAGCAAGGUGAUAGAAUCGAAAACUUCAAUAUCAACCGCAAUCUGGAUCAAAAUGAGCAGCCUCAGACGUUCGAGCCUUAUCGUUCGGAAGUUCAGGGGUUUGUGGAUAUCGUGCAUAAGGACAUCCUAUAUAAAAUCCUACGCCUCCUAGCCAGAGCACUGGAGAUCGAGGCCGAGGAUUUCUUUGUGAAACUCCACGAUUAUGCUAAGCAUGACGAAUCAUGGUUUCGCUGGAUGGAAUAUUAUGCUGACAAAGAAGAGAAUGAUUGUGGGGAGAACUCCCCCUGGUUAGGUGGUCAUCAAGACCUGAGUGGUCUAUCCUUACUAUUCAGUCAACCUAUGACAACCUUGCAGGUACGGAACUAUCAAGACGAUGCACAGUGGAAAUAUGUACCUCAUAUUCCGGGAGCCAUCAUCGUCAACGCCGGCGAACCGUUAAUGUGGUGGACCGGAAACUAUUUCAAAGCAGCAGUGCACCGUGUGAUUGGACCGCCAUCGGAUCAGCGGGGUCAUGAUCGAAGCAGUGUAUUUUAUUUUGUCGUGCCCAAUGACGAUGUGGUUAUCAACACAUUACUCGACGAGAGUCCGGUUUUGCGCCGUGCGAACAUUACUGCGAAGUGGUUUGAAGAGGGCCAAGCUCCCACCAGCAAAGACUGGGUCAACAACCGCAUCAGGGUUACUGGUCAAAAGGUUCUAGACUUUAACGAAGGAGGUCAAGAGCAAGCUAAGAACAGUGUUGAACAAAAGAUCGGGAAUGUCACUACCACUUGGUUCAAAUGA